AUGGAGUCGUCAGACACGACAGAGAUGGGUAACAAGGAACGACUAGAGAGGACCGCGACACACGAAUCAUAUACAUUCCAAGGCGCGAGAGGAUGGCGGGGAUGGCGCAUUCUACGACCUGGGCGCGGCAUGUAUCACGAUGUCAAGCGCAGGCUACCUUACUACUGGAGUGACAUUACCGAUGCCCUCACCUAUCGAGCUUUCGCCAGCACAGUUCGCAUGUACUUCGUCAAUGUAUUACCUGCCAUCGCCUUCACACUUGACAUGUACCGUCGAACCGGCGGCUUCUUCGGCAUCAACGAGGCCCUCUUCUCAUCUGCAUUAGCAGCCAUGGUCUUCAGUUUGCUCGCUUGCCAGCCCCUCACCAUUGUGGGUGUCACUGGUCUGAUCGCCCUUUUCAACUACACCAUUUACGACAUUAUCAUCCAAUACGACCCCAGUAUCUAUCCAGCAUUUACUGCAUGGGUCGGAAUCUGGGCUGCCAUCUUCCAUUGGAUUGUAGCCUUUGGAAACUUUAGCGACUACAUGGCCUAUGUCACUGACUUCUCAAGCGAGACGUUCGGCAUGUAUGUCGGAAUCAUCUAUUGUGUCAAGGGUGUUGAAGAGCUAGUAUAUCUCUUCGAAGAAUCCGAUUUUGACGGUGGCUACCUCUCCAUCGUCAUCGCCAUAUGCUACUUCGCCACUGUUUACGGUCUCGAGAAGCUUGGUCAAAGUACGCUGUUCGCCCCAGGUGUUCGUAACAUUAUCGCCGACUACUCCUUCGUCUUCCCUACCCUGUUCUGGGUCGGAUUCUCACACAUCCCUGGACGUCUGGAGGAUACUGGUCUGUAUCGAGUGCCCAUUGGCCGCGCCUUCGCACCGACGCAAGACAGAAAUUGGGUAAUUGAUUUCUGGAAUCUCGACGUCGGAUGGGUGUUUGUCGCUGUACCGUUUGGCUUCUUGAUGAUGCUGUUGUUCUACUACGACCAUAACGUGUCUUCUCUCACAGCACAGGCCCGUCAAUACCCUCUCUCUAAGCCCGCUGGUUUCCACUGGGACUUCUUCCUUCUCGGCUGCACAUGCUUUGUCGGUGGCGUUAUUGGUCUUCCACUUCCCAAUGGCCUAGUACCACAAGCACCCGUACAUACCGACUCUUUGACCAUUUACGAAACCAAGUUGGAAAUCACCGAAACUAAAGAUGGCGGUGAGAUUCGUAAACCAUUUGUGGAAGCUACCGCCGUCGUGGAACAGCGCGUCAGUCAUUUCUUGAUGGGUAUGGCCAUCUGGGGCACCAUGACCGGUCCCUUACUUAUCGUAUUGCACACCAUGCCCGCGGCAGUCUUCGCUGGAGUCUUCUUCGUCGUCGGUUGGGGUUCCAUAGAAUCUAACGGCAUUGUCACCAAGUCGCUCUACCUCGUGUCCGAAAAACGCUUCAUCCAACGCGAUAACCCGCUCAACCGCGUCUCCCGCAACAAGAUCCGACUUUUCAUCGGCCUCCAGAUACUCGGUGUCGCAGCCACUGUCGCCAUUUCACAGACGAUCGCCGCUAUCGGAUUCCCUGUACUCAUUAUUGCGCUCAUCCCACUACGCACUUUCUUAAUGCCAAAGUGGUUCACAGCACACGAGCUGGAUGUAUUGGACGCCUUGACGGCAAACAACCCCUCGGUACUGGUGAGCUUUGGUGGGACACCGAGUGGCAUGAAGGCAGGUGGGCCUAUGGAGGGUGGUGCUGGGGGUCCUCGAGACGAGGAGGCUCUUUCACGCCCACAUUCUGCCAGGCGCCAACGAGCAGGAAGUAUUCACCGAGAUGAAUAG